GGGGGAUGGUGAGACUCGUACCUGGCAACCAGCCUCGGCUCGUUAGUGCAGUGUGCAUCUGGAAGUUGUCGCCAUCAUAAGUAGCUAAAUGUUUAAGCUAGCUCUCAAGUCGUCAGCCGUUGUGUCCGAAGAUACAGCGUCUGACACCGUUAACAGGUUUUCCUGUGUUUUAUGUCGAUGUUUCGUGAGCCGUUGUGAUGUUAACAACCAGUAAACGCGAUUAGUUAUGUUGCAGUGCUGUGUCGCUCUAUCAAAACCAACAGCAGGAUCUAUUUUCAGAGCACGUAUUAGCAGCCUGGAGUCUUGAGAGGCAGUAAAGGGGGCGGUGGGCUGCUGAGACCGUCGCUGGCUAGCAGCGAGCUUGCUAGGUAGCUACAAAGAAAGCGAAAUCGUUGAUACACGUUAAGAAAAAUAAAAUCAGAGCUUUUGGCGUAGCUACAAUCUAAGUGGUUGUUUUCUGCUGUUGGGUUCGUGACAAACCGUAACCAAGGAGCUAGCAGGGUCAGCGCUAUAUGCAUCUUUGCUGAGAAACUUGGGAUUUAAAGCUAACAGGACUCAACAUCCUGCCGGGAUUGAUCUGUCCGCAGUGAGACUGAUAAACUGGAGCUGCAAUCGUCACUUUUGUCGUAUUUAACAGCAGGCGAUUGGGCCUGACAGCGGAGAAGAUGUCUGAGGGAGAGAGCAGGCAGGCCCCGGACACUGCCCAGGAGGCGAAGCCGGACUCCGGGGCAGCUGCGCCAGCAGGCCAAGGGGUGGCAUCCGUGUCUCCGCCGGUGUCCACGGUGACCCAGUCUCCUCCAACGGCUGCCACGGAGGACGAGGAAGAGGAAAGCGAGGAUGAGUCAGAGAUUUUGGAGGAAAGCCCGUGUGGACGCUGGCAAAAACGCAGGGAAGAGGUGAAUCAGCGCAAUGUGCCUGGGAUCGAUAAUGCUUACUUGGCCAUGGACACAGAGGAGGGGGUUGAAGUGGUGUGGAAUGAGGUCAUGUUCUCAGAAAGGAAGAACUUCAAACUGCAGGAGGAAAAAGUGAAAGCUGUGUUUGACAAUUUAAUCCAGCUGGAGCAUUUGAACAUUGUGAAGUUCCACAAGUACUGGGCAGAUGUGAAGGAAAACAGAGCCAGGGUUAUUUUCAUCACUGAGUACAUGUCAUCAGGAAGCCUCAAACAGUUCCUGAAAAAGACAAAGAAAAACCACAAGACCAUGAAUGAAAAGGCCUGGAAGCGCUGGUGUACACAGAUACUGUCCGCCCUCAGUUACCUGCACUCCUGUGAUCCUGCCAUCAUCCACGGCAACCUUACCUGUGACACCAUCUUCAUCCAGCACAACGGCCUCAUCAAGAUUGGCUCAGUUGCCCCUGACACCAUCAAUAACCAUGUGAAAACCUGUCGGGAAGAGCAGAAGAGCCUCCACUUCUUUGCUCCAGAAUAUGGAGCUGUUGCCAAUGUUACCACAGCGGUGGAUAUAUAUUCCUUUGGAAUGUGCGCCUUAGAGAUGGCUGUAUUGGAGAUCCAGAGUAACGGAGAUUCGUCCUAUGUGUCCCAAGAAGCCAUAAACAGUGCCAUUCAGUCCCUAGAAGACCCAUUGCAGCGGGAAUUCAUCCAGAAAUGUCUGGAGGUCGACCCGAGCAAGAGACCCACAGCCAAAGAGCUGCUGUUUCACCCUGCCUUGUUUGAGGUGCCCUUACUCAAGCUGCUAGCUGCACACUGCAGCGUCAGCCACCAACACAUGAUUCCAGAAAAUGCUUUAGAGGAGAUGACAAAGAACAUGGACCCCAACCUGGUCAUUGUUGAAGCCAAGAACGGAGUUCAGAUGAAGCUCUCACAGUUCCCUGCACUUGAGCUGGACAAGUUUCUCGAAGAUGUGAGGAAUGGGAUCUAUCCUCUGACUGCAUUUGGGAUGCCCCGUCCACAGCAACCUCAGCAGGAGGCUGUUAAGUCACCCAUAGUCCCACCUUCAGUCAAAUCUCCAACACCUGAACCUGCAGAGGUUGAGACCAGAAAGGUCCUCCAGAUGCAGUGCAACAUUGAGCCUGUUGACGAAGGCACCAAGCAUCACCUGACGUUGUUGUUGAAACUUGAGGAUAAACUGAACAGGCACUUGAGCUGUGACUUGUUACCAAAUGAGAACGUGCAGGAGCUGGCUGUGGAACUCGUCCAGCUGGGCUUCAUCAGUGAGGGCGAUCAGCCGCGACUUGCAUGCGUUCUCGAAGAGGCCUUCUCGAAGUUCUACAGCCGGAACGGCUCCCUCAACCCGGUGACUGUUUCCUCGUAGCCGAGGACUCGCCAGGCCUUCUCUCAGCCCUCCUCGUCCUCCACAGCAGGACUAGCUUUCGCUUCACGUCGACAUCUCUGUAAAGCUUUUGCGAGGACCGAGGGGGCAGCCUUGGUCUGAUUGCAGAUCCUGCAACCUCUUGUAUUUUCUGGUGGAGAAAGCUGCCACUAAGUGGUUGUUGUUCUCUUUUCUUUUUAUUUCUCCCCACCAAACACAGCCAUCUGCUUCUCUUCUAAAAGAGGAAAUUGUAGUUGAAGCUUCUUGGAAGGUACAAAUGUUUUGACUGUUUGACUCGGUUCUUUCAGUGGUUUAAAAAAAUGGCAGAAGUAAGCGACAUAAAAUGGAUAACAGCAGCGUUUUCCUUAAGUCAGUGUUGAAGUUGUAUUUUAAACAUUUUUUUCUUAAAUCAUUUGAUAGAGUUGUGUGUCUGCCUGCUGUCCCGACAUACUGAAGCAUGUGUAUUAUAGUGUGAGCUUAAAGUCUUUGUCUCGAGCAGUGACUGAGGUACCUGCUGACCUCGGAUUAGUUUCGGAGGACUCUGGAAGGCGUAAAACUAGUGAAGAAACGUGAGAUGUCAGUUUGGCUUUAAAUUCUACUAUCACACAACAUAUAGUCAUAAACCCAUCAGCUGCAACACAAUCAGAUAAGCAAGUUAAGAUAUAUAUAUAUAAAUCUAUUUAUGUGUGCAUCUCUUUGAUGUCUGAUGUAUUUCACUUGACAAAGGCCGAGGGUGGAUUGUAUGCUUUUACUCCCUGUUUUUCUUCAAAUCAAGCUGGUACUUUCUAUGAAACAGAACUGUGAGUAGAAACAUUGCAGCUCAACACUUCAACAGUCUCUUUAGGUCUAAUUUCUCACCCAAGAUGUCAGUUUGAGCGAUUGUCAAGCUCUGGAUGUCACAGUACCUGUGAGUACACAUUAGCUCCACGUCAGUUCAUGAAUUAUUUUUAUAAAUUAAUUUGUCACACAUCAGUUUUUAGUAUCUUGGGGCCAUUCAACAAGUAGAUUUUGUGACACUGUUGGUAAACUUGUGUAUCCUGUUGGAAACAUCUCAGUGGCCCCUGGCUUGUGCACGGCGCUGGGAGGAACAUAAAGACGUCGGUGAGCCUGUGCCGUGUCCUCCGUGCUGUGACUACCUCCUGUCAGGGUCUGUAGAUACAAGUGUGGGACAUCAUGUACUCUGUAUGCUGGACACUGUGCUGUUUCCACAAUGCUUUUACCCUCUUUUUCACGUCAACUAAAACAAUAAAAAAAAAAAAAUCAAAUUAUCUGCACCUGAUGUCUGUA